GCAAGUCAAGAAGUUGAAGCAACAAUGAGUCUCUCCGCUAAGGACAAGGCAAUUGUCAAGGCCUUUUUUGGCAAGGUUGCCGGCAGGGCAGAGGAUGUUGGCAACGAGGCACUUUCCAGGACGCUGGUGGUGUACCCCCAGACCAAGACAUAUUUCUCCCAUUGGAAGGACCUGAGCCCCGGCUCUGCCCCUGUCAGGAAGCACGGUGGGACAGUCAUGGGAGGCGUCCUGGGUGCCAUUGAGAAGAUUGACGACCUUAGUGCUGGUCUUCUUACCCUCAGCGAGUUGCACGCCUUCAUGUUGAGAGUGGAUCCUGCCAACUUCAAGAUCUUCAACCACAACAUGCUGGUGACGCUGGCCAUGAUGUUCCCUGACGACUUCACCCCUGAGGUGCACGUGGCCACGGACAAGUUUCUGGCCCAGUUGGCCCUGGCUCUGUCUGAGAAGUACCGUUAGGCAAUGAGCCAGAUUUCCACUUGACAAUCUUUGUAGGGUGCCAAUUUAAAUGAAAAGAUGCAAUAAAUGAAUCCUACGAUCGAAUCUG